AUGUCUCCUCUAAGAAGAACUAGAAAAGUUUAUGGUGUUGAAAAAACUCUAGGUCAUCGAUUCAAAUGUCCUAGUUCCAGAUGUCACUAUUCAUUCGUAAAGUAUGAAAAGCUAGAAAAGCACCUACAAGACAUCCACCUUACAACAGUACAAGGAAUAAGGCAUAGUCAAAACGCGAUACAAAUUCAACACGAUUAUGAUAACAAUACCUUCACUUUCAAAAGUAAUAUAUUCAAACAACUUGAUGAAAUUAAUGAUAAGCUAAAGAUUGCCGAAGAAAAAUACCUACCAUUAAAAAACGGGCAUCCUCAUAUUGGUGAGUUCGGCCAAUGUCGAAAUAGUAUUAGCUUAUUAAAAGUGGAGAUCAAUGGAUUCAACGAUAAGCAAAUUCGUCAACUUAAUAAUAUUUUGGUUAAUAAAGUUGCUGCUGAAGAAAAAGAAAAAGUAGCAACACUUGUUAAAAAGCUUCGUGAGGAAAUUAAAAUACUUGUGAAUGACCUUAAUAAAAAAAAUAAAAUUAUAACGGAGUUAAAGGAAAAAUAUAAAAAUUUAAAUGUGAAAUAUCUCGCGCUUAAAAAGGAUCACGAUUCUGGCGAUGAUCAUUACACAGAAAGCCGACGCUUGCUUGAAAGAGAAAUUGAUGUAUUAAUGCGCCGCAAUUUGGAAAUUUUUGAGGAGGCCGAAGCAACAAAAAUAAGAAAUCGUGAGCUAGAAAAUAAUCUACAUUUAUUAGAGCAACAG